CCCGAAUUUCUCUCAAAUGUAUAAAUACGUAAAAAGAAACAAGUCAGAACUCUAAACGGGGCCAGAGAUUAUUCCAAAGACGGUGCUUUUAGUGAUUCUCGGUGUCGCUUACUCGCUUCAAUCGAUGGCGACCAGAACAGUGUCGUCGUCCUCUUCUCAGCCGGAAGUUGCAGAUGAAACACAAGACUGGAUACUCGGAGCCGGGUCGGGUUGGGUCGAAGCCCGAACAUCUUGUGAUCACAUGAAUUCUCUCUCUCCCGAUUUGAUUCACUUACCAAAUCCUGAUACUCCUUGUUCGAGGUGCGAAAACCCGGUAGAGAACUGGUUGUGUCUUUGUUGUAAAGAGGUUCUAUGCAGCCGUUUCGUGAACAGACAUAUGCUUAUGCAUCAUCAACACACUGGUCACUGCCUUGCACUAAGCUAUAGUGACUUGUCGGUAUGGUGCUUCUGCUGUGAAGCGUAUCUUGAUGCUCAGAUCAUAUUACAGCUGAGACCAAUUCACCAGGCUGCUUACAUUCUUAAAUUUGGCGAGGCUCCUCCCUUACCCCAACUUUGAACCAAGACCUCUUUUUUACUUGCAUGUCUUGCGUUUGGUAUCUCUAGAUGUGUUAGGAAAGAAGAUUCGGUAUAUUGUGUUCGGGUUGCUUUUUCUAUUUCCAUGAAAGCCAAUGAUAUUUAUUACGUUUCUUGGUUAAAUAAAUUAUUUAUCAUAACAGAUUGAUUACUCUCCAGGUUAAAUGUUUAUCAUCGGACUUAUAUCGUCG